CCCGGCUGCCCUGGUUGUUGUCCUGUGGCUGGAAGCACUGAGUCUUCUCGGACAGGCUGAGGCACUUGGGCCGGUUUGCACAGAGCGUGGUGGAAGUGUGGAUGCCGGAAGGCCAGAGGCCUGGCAGGGGUGGACACAGGCAACAGAGCCCGUGAAGACAAGUGGGCCAGAAGAUUGCCUUCAUGACUCUGACGCUCUUCCCCAUCCGGCUGCUGCUCGCUGUUACGAUGAUGCUGCUUGCGUGGCCCUUCACGUUCUUCGCUACGCUGGGAUCCUCAGAGAGGGAACCCGAACAGCCCCCGGCCAUGUGGCGGAAGGUUGUGGACAUCCUGCUCAAGGCCAUCAUGCGCACCAUGUGGUUUGCCGGCGGCUUCCACUGGGUUGUUGUGAAGGGGCAGCAGGCCUCGCCACCAGAGGCAGCCAUCCUCACCCUGGCGCCACACUCUUCCUACUUCGAUGCCAUUGCUGUCACCCUGACGAUGUCGUCCAUCGUGAUGAAGGCAGAGAGCAGAGAUAUCCCAAUAUGGGGAACGCUGAUAAAGUACAUACGGCCAGUGUUUGUGUCGCGGUCGGACCAGGAUUCCCGCAGGAAGACCGUGGAGCAGAUCAGAAGGCGGGCACAGUCAAAUGGGAAGUGGCCACAGAUGAUGAUUUUUCCAGAAGGAACAUGUACCAACAGGACCUGCCUAAUUACCUUCAAGCCCGGCGCCUUCAUCCCCGGGGUUCCCGUCCAGCCUGUGGUUUUACGAUACCCAAAUAAACUGGACACUAUCACAUGGACAUGGCAAGGACCUGGGGCGUUGAAAAUUUUGUGGCUCACGCUGUGUCAGUUUCACAACCGAGUGGAAAUUGAGUUCCUCCCCGUGUACAGCCCUUCGGAAGAGGAGAAGAAGGACCCUGCGUUGUACGCCAGCAACGUACGGCGCGUCAUGGCAGAGGCCUUGGGCAUCUCUGUCACCGACUAUACGUUUGAGGACUGCCAGCUGGCCCUGGCAGAAGGACAGCUCCGCCUCCCCGCAGAUACCUGCCUUCUAGAAUUUGCCAGGCUGGUGAGGGCACUGGGGUUAAAGCCAGAAACACUUGAGAAAGAUCUGGAUAAGUACUCCGAGAGCGCCAGGAUGCAGAGGGGAGGAAGGAUGGGCCUCCCAGAGUUCGCGGAGUACCUGGGCGUCCCCGUCUCGGACACGCUGGAGGACAUGUUCUCCCUGUUUGAUGAGGGUGGAGACGGCAAGAUGGACCCUCGGGAGUAUGUGGUCGCCCUGUCUGUUGUCUGCCGGCCGUCCCAGACUCUGGAUACCAUCCAGCUGGCGUUCAAGAUGUAUGGGUCACACGACGGCUACAUCCACGAGGGAACCCUGUCCAGCAUCCUCAAGACUGCCUUGGGGGUGACAGAGCUCAGUGUGACCAGCCUCUUCCAGGCCAUUGACCAGGAGGGGACAGGGAGGAUCACGUUUGCUGACUUCUGCAGGUUUGCAGAAGCGUUCCCCAACUUCGCAGAGGAGUAUCUGUACCCCAAGCAGACACACCCGGACACCUGCGCACAGACGCCGCCUGCCCCGACCCCCAACGGCUUCUGUGCCGACUUCAGCCCUGAAAACUCGGACAUUGGAAGGAAACCGUUUCGUAAGAAACUGGACUAGGACAGGCGGUGCGGGAGAGACGCAGCCUCCCUGUGGCCUUGCUGCCACCCACCUCCACGGGGCUGCGAGCCUGUUUGCUGUGGCGCUCCUGGGCCUCGCUCCUGCGUGUGCUGUGCAUGCACCGGCCUCAGGCCGAGUCCUGAACACCCGGGGUCAUUUCACUCUGUUCCUUUGUGGAGAGCCCAGUGUGUGUGUGUGUAGGGGGGGGUGACGCUUGCACCCACACCGCAUGGCCAGGGGGUGGGGGCUGUUCCUCCCAUGGCGCUCGGGCCAGGGCCACCUGCACUGCCCUGGGCUCACUUUCCCCCGUGGUCUUUCCCCGAGUCCCCUUCUGUGGGUCUGCUCUCGGCGGCUCGCACGGUGGACCAGCCUCCACACGCACACACACCACACACGCAUGAGACUGAGAUGUGUCACAGGUGUUCUGAUUCCAGCACAAAUUCUCUGCUGACCUCUGUGGAGUCACGGCGUGAUAGAGCGCUGUCUGAUUUUUAAACAUUUCUAUAUUUGUGGGAACUCAUGAGUAUUUUAUAAACUUCAUUUAGAUACUCCAGGAAGCAUUCAGCAUUUUUUUAAAAAAACAAAAAAUUCUUUUCUACUUCAUCUUUCCUUUGAGGGCCAGAGGAUAUUUAUUUACAGGCCCUUUUUUGAUAGAAUCCGAGGCUGUCUGGGGCUUUGAGCGACAUCUCUUCCCGGCCUCUCUCUACCAGGUACAUUCCUCCGUCUGGGUCCGCCACACGCACCCGGCCCAGAGCGCCUUUUCUGCUUCAUUAAUCCUUUUCAAAUCCCCCUCUUUUAUAAACGUUACCGGCUUGGUAUUUGUUUAACGUGACGUGAUCUCCUUCCCUGCAGCGCAAACUCCAGCCGAAGCGCUGAGUGUAGGUGAGGUGGGUAAGUCAGGCAGGAGCUCGAAGCAGGGAGGCCCUGGCUGGUGUGCUGAGCCUCCAGGAGGCGGACACCCAGAGAGGCAGGCAUAGCCCUUCUCUGACCUGCACCUGCGGGGCGCGGGACCAGGUAGCCCGGACCCACAUGCAGACAGCGGGGAACGGCUGCGAAGGGCUCCGGGGCCACGUGUGUGGACCCCCGCCGGCCCUGUGGCCUCCCCGCGCUCCAGCACAAGCAUGGCACCCGCCUGGCAUCCGGGAAGGCAUCCAGGCCUCCGAGCCCAGGAAAGGGACACUGUGCUGUUGCCCCCUGGCCCGAGCUCAGCCUGCAUCAGUGCGUCCUUGCCACAUGGUUAGAGGUCUGUCUGCUGCUAAAGCACAACAAGCACAGGCUCUCAUGCAUCCUGAAGCAAGGCCUCCGGGUUUGCUUGGGAAAGAAAUUCCUGGGAAUUUCGAAAUGAAUUUGAUUUUAUACUUGGGCAUCUCCAUAAAAGGUGACCGCCAGGGCCAGAAGUCCAGGGAAAAAAAUGUUUACUGACUUCCUGGUGUUCUUGCUGUGCGUCUCCGCCGAUGGCCGGUAGUAAAGGCCAGCCCCGGCCUCCAUUCCAAUGGCCUCCAUUCCAAUGGCCUCUCGGCUCGGGGUUGGCAGACGUGCAGCCCAGACGCAGCCUUGUAGCUCACCGUGAUCGGCUCUUCACUGCAGAAUGCGUAAAGAUUCAUUUUUGAAAGAUUCAUUUAAAAGAGAAAACGUACAAGUGACCAAUGAAGGAGGUAAAUAAACUAAGAUAUUCUGAGGGAGGGGUCCUGGGCACACGGCUCCCGCCCUCUGUGUCUGUGGAUGAAGGGCUUUUUGAAUGAAAUGCUGCUGUGCAUUUUCAGGAAAAAAAAUCUCUGAUAAGCAGACUUGGAAUGGAUGUUUGUUCCUCCUGACCCUCUUCUCUGCAUCGUGACGUAGCAUCAGCGGCACUCAGAACUGUGAAUGUACAUAGACUUAGAGUUCAGUCCCCUUUGUGUGAGGUGGGACGGGAGGGCCCCACGGGGACUGAGGGUCCAGGCUGCACGUCAUGAAACAGCUUUGGAUUUUCAGUGGAAUGAAUAAAACAUAGUCUUACACACC